CGCAUCCGCCGCUGAGAUGUCGGGUAAAGUAGCCCUGGGCAGCGACAUUGGGCAGGCCCGGCGCGCUGUGGAGCAGUUGCGGAUGGAGGCGGGAAUCGACCGCGUGAAGGUGUCCAAGGCAGCCGCCGAGCUGCUGCAGUUCUGCACAGAGCAAGCCAAGAGCGACCCCUUCCUCGUGGGCAUCCCAGCGGCCACCAACCCCUUUAAGGAGAAGAAGCCGUGUGCUAUCCUGUGACCACAUGCCAGCGGCACCCGGAUGAACGGCACUGAGGGCUGAG